AUGACCCAGUUCCUGCCGCCCAACCUUCUGGCCCUCUUUGCUCCCCGUGACCCCAUCCCAUACCUCCCACCCCUGGAGAAACUGCCACAUGAGAAACACCACAAUCAACCUUACUGUGGCAUCGCGCCCUACAUCCGAGAGUUUGAGGACCCUCGAGAUGCCCCUCCUCCAACUCGAGCAGAAACCCGGGAGGAACGCAUGGAGAGAAAGAGACGGGAAAAGAUUGAGCGGCGACAGCAAGAAGUCGAGACAGAGCUAAAAAUGUGGGACCCUCACAAUGAUCCCAAUGCUCAGGGUGAUGCCUUCAAGACUCUCUUUGUGGCUAGAGUGAACUAUGACACAACAGAGUCCAAGCUCCGGAGAGAGUUUGAGGUGUAUGGACCCAUCAAAAGGAUACACAUGGUCUACAGUAAGCGGUCAGGAAAGCCUCGGGGCUAUGCCUUCAUCGAGUACGAACACGAGAGGGACAUGCAUUCCGCUUACAAGCAUGCAGACGGCAAGAAGAUCGAUGGCAGGAGAGUGCUCGUGGACGUGGAGAGGGGCCGCACCGUGAAGGGCUGGAGGCCCCGGCGGCUAGGAGGCGGCCUGGGCGGCACCCGGAGAGGCGGCGCGGACGUCAACAUCCGGCACUCGGGCCGGGACGACACCUCCCGCUAUGAUGAGAGGCCCGGCCCCUCCCCGCUGCCCCACAGGGACCGGGACCGGGACCGCGAGCGGGAGCGCCGGGAGCGGAGCCGCGAGCGAGACAAGGAGCGGGAACGACGACGCUCCCGCUCUCGGGACCGGCGGCGGCGCUCGCGGAGUCGCGACAAGGAGGAGCGGCGGCGCUCCAGGGAGCGGAGCAAGGACAAGGACCGGGACCGCAAGCGGCGCAGCAGCCGGAGCCGGGAGCGGGCACGGCGGGAGCGCGAGCGCAAGGAGGAGCUGCGCGGCGGCGGAGGCGGCGGUGGCGACAUGGCCGAGCCCUCCGAGGCCGGCGACGCGCCCCCGGAUGACGGGCCCCCCGGGGAGCUGGGUCCCGACGGCCCAGAUGGCCCAGAGGAGAAGGGCCGGGAUCGUGACCGGGACCGACGUCGAAGCCACCGCAGCGAGCGGGAGCGGCGCCGGGACCGCGAUCGCGACCGGGACCGGGAGCACAAGCGAGGGGAGCGGGGCGGCGAUCGGGGCAGGGAUGAGGCCCGCGGUGGGGGUGGUGGCGGCCAGGACAACGGGCUUGAGGGUCUGGGCAACGACGGCCGAGAUAUGUACAUGGAGUCCGAGGGAGGCGACGGGUAUCUCGCUCCGGAGAACGGGUAUUUGAUGGAGGCCGCGCCGGAGUGA